GAGCUGGCUGUUGAGUGGUGUCUUGGUGACACUAGGCAGAGCAACUCCAGCCUCGCCAAUUCUGGCUUCUCACCGCAGUGAGUCUUGAACUUUGGGGUUUCUCCACUGUCAGGAAGACGUCUCGGACUUUCUCCUCCAAGUACUUGGCAGAUCACCCAUUCAGCAGGAUCUGUCUGCGAAUCGCCAGAAUGAAGCUGGUUUCGGUCGCCCUGUUGUUCCUGGGCGCUCUGGCCUUCCUGGGCGCUGACGCAGCGCCGCUCGACGGAGCGUCUGUGUUCCUAAAGAAAUGGACUAAAUGGGCUGUAAGUCGUGAGAAUAGAGAACUGCCAAUGUCCAGCAGCAACACCACUGAGCUCGUAGACGCGAAGGCCGGCUCUGCCCAGACGAACCUUGGGUCCCAAGACUUAAAGAACGGCUCCGGCAGUCCCCAGCUAAGUGGUUCGGAGGUCGUCCUCAACCGAGUCAAGCGCAACCAACGCGGCCUGCGCAGCUUUGCCUGCCGCUUCGGGACGUGCACGGUGCAGAAGCUGGCGCAUCAGAUCUACCAACUCACAGACAAGGACAAGGACGGCGUCGCCCCUCAAAGCAAAAUCAGCCCCCAGGGCUACGGGCGCCGGCGGCGUCGUUCCCUGCCGGAAGCCGGACAGGACCGGACUCUGGUGUCUUAUGAGCCGCGGGAGCUCGCGGCUCGCGACUCCAGGGUGCACUAACUGCUCGCCACCCUCCGGAGGAUUUAGGCUUCUGGGCUUGGGCAGGGAACCAGGCUGACUGUCACUUCUGCAGGGACUCGACCAGAGGACCCACGGUCUGGUCGGAACCCUGGCUUCGCAGGACCCUUUCCCCUUCAGGGUAAUGGCUUUGAUCAGGGCCUGAGUCCCUCCUUCCUGGGGACGGGGAUGGGGCGCAGGAGAAUCGGAGGAGAAACUGAGGCUUUAAUGCUGAGACCCUGGGGCGGGGGUCUGAGCCACUGCCUUGCCCGCCCACGAACCAAUUUCUCACGGAGUGUCACCCUACCGGGGCGGGAGCCUCUAUUAUUACUUGAACUUUCCAAAACCUAGAGGAAAAGUGCAAUGCGUGUUGUACGUACAUAAAGAGGUAAUUAUCAAUAUUUAAGUUUCUUGCUGUCAAGAUUAUUUUGUAACUUCAAAUAUAGAGAUAUUUUUGUACGUUAUAUAUUGCAUUAAGGGCAUUUUAGAGCAAUUAUGUCCCCCCCACCUAUUUUAAAAACGUGAAUGUCUCAGCGAGGUGUAAUAUUAUAUUGUUUGGGUUCGUGGAGUUCGUGUGUGCGCGCGAGCGUGUGUGUGUGUGUGUUUGUGUCCACAAAAUAAAAGUGCACCUGAUUACCGCCUGUGGAAGAAGGGAACACUGUGUGUAUAAUCUAUUUACAUAAAAUGGGUGAUAUGCAAACUGCAAA